CCUGUUAUUUCUAUAUUUUAGUUUCAUAGAAAUAAACAUACAAACAAGCUGGAUGCUAUCAGGGAAAAGCUUCGAGAGGGUCCAACUUUUGCAGACUUUGUUUCCAAAGAUCAUCCUAAAGACUGGCAAGAUUAUGAAGGAAAAUUGAAGAGAGAAAAAGGAGAACAAGAACGCCUUAGACUGCCUCCGUGGUUGAAAACAACUAUACCUACAGGUGCAAAGUUCAGUGAAGUUAAGAAACAGUUGAGGGAAUUAAAAUUGAGUACGGUAUGUGAAGAAGCUCGGUGUCCAAACAUUGGAGAGUGCUGGAGUGGGGGAAAACAUGGUACCUCUACAGCCACAAUUAUGUUAAUGGGGGAUACUUGCACCCGUGGCUGUAUGUUCUGUUCGGUGAAGACAUCACGUGCGCCCCCACCACUUGACCCGCAUGAGCCGGCCAACACAGCGCGAGCCAUCAACCAGUGGGGGCUCGGAUAUAUCGUGCUCACAUCCGUGGACAGAGACGAUCUGGCCGAUGGCGGCUCAACACAUUUCGCCGAGACUGUGAAGGAAAUCAAGAGACAGAACAGUGAAAUCCUAGUGGAAUGUUUGGUGCCGGAUUUCCGCGGCAACCGUGAGAGUAUCGGACGUGUGGCAUUAUGCGGUCUGGACGUGUUCGCUCACAACAUAGAGACUGUCGAACGACUCACGCCUUUUGUAAGAGAUCCCAGAGCAGGUUAUCGGCAAACUCUGAAAGUGUUGGAAACUGCUAAAGAGAUCAACCCAGAGUUGGUCACCAAGUCAUCUAUUAUGCUGGGUCUUGGUGAAACCGACGAACAAGUAGAGCAGACAAUGAAAGAUCUCCGCUCGGCUGGCGUUGACUGUGUGACUCUUGGCCAAUAUAUGCAGCCCACUAAAAAGCAUCUCAAAGUAUUCGAAUACGUGACCCCAGCGAAAUUCAAGCAAUGGGAAGACAAAGGCGGUGAACUCGGUUUUCUCUAUACUGCUAGUGGCCCCUUAGUACGCUCCUCGUACAGAGCAGGCGAAUUCUUCAUAACGAGUCUGCUACGAGACAGAAAAACUGGUCGUCAAUGAUCGCGAGAUGGCGUUGUCUAAUGUUAACAUUAGAUAACGCUCUAUGUAGUCCUUCUUUGAUAAGAUACUAGAUGGCAUUGUUCAUUAUUUUAGGACGUUGUAAAAUAAAUUUCCUCUAAUAGUAAAAUUGUGACAGGAGAUUAGAUGAUGGUGUUUUAGUCUUAGAUAGGUGGGUGUUAGACGACAUAAUUCAUAUUUUGCUUUUAGUUUUCAAAUAUUAAUAAUCUUGUACAGAAAUAGGUCUGUAUGUUUAAUAACAAUGACAACCAUAAUUAUUUUUAUAAAUAUAUUUAUUAACAUAAUAAUAAUGUAAGCUUUGUAAGUACCUGAAAUCAUUUUUAUUAUUUGUAAAUAAUGGCAAUUAUAGAUGACUAAAUUAUACAUAGCUAAAAUAUACUCGUAUGUAAUCUCGUCACAUUGUAUUGUUAUUUAUUUUGUUAAUGUUGUUGAAUAAAUAGAUUUUUUGAGCAUU